AUGGGUGGGUACCGAAACUGGAACCAAAAAACGGAAAACUCCGCCAAGGUGAAGCAAAUGUUCGAGAAGCUAGUGACCAACACGCUAAAAAUCUUCGGAGAUAAUACGUCAAAGCGUAAAACAGAGGCUGAGCCUGAGGCUGUACAACUGAAUGCUGGCUGCGUAAGUGACCAAAGCUUCAUCAUCCGCAGCUUUGCGCCGAAUCGUGACAGGCUCCAAAACACUGCAGACAAGAUUCAGCUUGGUACCAUCCAUAAACUUCCGGCGAUGAGAAUAUUCGAUAGGGCAAGAAGAGGCCGAUCAAGUACUCCUAAAUCGACGCCGACGCCGGGAAAGGCGAGUAAGCAGGGAGCAUUGAUUGUCAAUUCACAACCAUACCGCAGUGGCUUGAAAGAUGCUGAGCUUCAGGAAAGUAUGAGUAUACUCCGUAUACAGUAUAGAGCAGACUGUGUCCGUUGA